GGUCCGCUGCAGCCAUCACGUGUGCAAACAUAACACUUGUUCUCCGCGGCUGUCUGGGCCUCUGCCGCUGUCGGUCUCUACAUAUGGCCUUCUCCGGCGAAGGUGACAUCCAUCUUGCUGCAUAAUUACGCGCACGGCUGCGAUGUGAAGGCAGGGACUCAGUGUGCGAAAGGCACGUCCGACGAGGAGAAUACACCGUCGACGAAACGGCCGUUCACAAUGCAAAGAAGGCUGCUGUCCUAUCCGAGGCAUCUCGACCGAGCAAAUCGCCUGCGCGUACAUAUAUCUUUUACGCAUCGGGGCUGGUACCGUUCUCUUCUGCUCGCCAUGCCUCCACUCGCCAGUAUCCUGCAAGACCACUGGGUGCUCCUCUUGAGCGCCGCCUUUGCCGCUUUCGUCUGCAACAGGCUGUUCACACCACCCGCCGAACUAGCGCACCUUCCUCGCGUCCCUGUCCUGCCCCUUCUCUGGAGCUACUUCACGGGCGAGGUCGAAGAUAAGCGCAUCAAGCGCUUGCUCAUGCCCUUUGCCGAACGCGGAGAGGGUGUUGUGCUCGUCUACGCCCUCGGACGCUGGAUAGUGCACGUGCUCGACGAGAAGAUCGCAAGGGACAUCUCCGCGGACAUCACGACGUGGCCCAAGGAGGAGCCUCCGGAUGAUCUCCUCCUCUGGCGCCUAGUGGGCAAGACCAAUGUCAUCCUGUCGAACGGAUCCAACUGGCAGCGCCACUCGCGUGUGGUUAAGUCUGCACUUCAGCGCAAUCUUCCCAUCAAGGACUUCGUGACCUUGGCCCACCGCCUGUUCCGCGUCAUGAAGGAUGGCGGCAAGCUGCGGUGGGACGAUCUCGCUAUGAGAUUCACGCUGGACGCGGUCGGAUCUACGACUUUCGGCUGGGACUUCAACAGCAUCGAGGACACGAGCACACCCUUCGUCACGGAAUACAGCCAUGUCAUGGACAGCAUCGCGAAUCCUCUCUACAUCGUCUUCCCCAAGCUCGAGACGCUGCUCCCCCGGAAGACCAUCAUCACCAAGAUCGACGCGCUCAUCGCCAAGUUCACCAGCAUACUCGACGAGAAGAAGGAGAACAAGGGGAACGACAUGCUCACGUAUAUGCUCGAGGACCCCGAGAUGAGCGACACGGAAUUCCGGGACAACAUGGUCGUCUUCUUCAUCGCAGGUCAUGACACCACCGCGGGCGCGAUGUCCAGCCUCGUCUACUACUUCGCCAAGCACCCCGAGCUGCAGGCGCGCGCGCGUGCCGAGGUGCGCGCCGCGCUCGGCGACGCGGAACCCACCAUCGACAACAUGCGCGCGACGCCGUUCGUGCAGGCGUGCAUCCGCGAGGCGCUGCGCGUGAAUACGCCGAUCGUCUACAUGGUCCCCCGCGCGAGCGCGCGGCCCGCCGAGCUGGUGAGCGCGCUCGGGAAGCGCUACGUGCUCCCCGCGCACACGUCCGUCAUCCUCAACAUCUGCGCGAUGCACUACAAUCCGUCUUACUGGCCGAACCCAGCAUCCUUCGACCCCGACCGCUUCAUGAACAAGAACGACAAGGAGGUCGCCAGCGUGGAUGCGAGUCUCUGGAUGCCCUUCGCCCUCGGCCCGCGCCAGUGCCCCGCGCGCAACUUCGCGCUGUACGAGAUGCGCACCCUCCUGUGCAUGCUCGUGCGCGAGUGGGAGUGGGCGCUGCCGGCGGACAGCGCGCACGCGGGCGGGCUCCAGAACGGGUUCUCGCCGUUCGCGCUGAGUCUGCCGAAGGACAUGGAUGUGGUGUUUAGGAGGAGGGAUAAAGGGGAGGGGGAGGCGUAGAGGGGGGUAAGGAGUACUCAUAGAGGGGGAUGGGGAGGAGUGGGGGAGUGGGGAGGUGGAGGAGAGAGCAGGAGUGGUGAAGAGGGAACGGGAGGAUAAAUUGGCUGAAGGAGGGUAGACAUGCGGAGGUG